AGGCAGCACCUCAGUGGAUCAGACUGUCAACAGUUUUUGAGGCCCGCCCGCCGACGCACCGCAGGCCCGCUCGGAACAUGCCGCCGCAGCGCAAGUUGCUCCGGAGGGCCUCUGCCCUGACCCUGGCCGCAGGCGCCUGCCGCCUCGCCUGUCGCAACGGCGCGGCGAGCGCCGCCUUCGCCCCUGGGGCGGCGGCGGCGGCGCCGGCGCGGGCCGCGGCGGACCGCGCCGACGCGGAGCGCGACGCGGACGCGAGGGUACUCGCGAACGCGCUGCGCGGCGCAAGGGACGCCAGGUUCUCCGACCUCGAGCCGCGGGCUCGGUCAGGCGGCUACAUCGCGGAGGCGGCCCCCGAGAUGGCGCUGAACCCGCCGUGGGCGACCUGUUACGUGGAAGUCCAGCAGGCCACCUCCUCCGUCCUCGAGGAGCGCGCGUGGCGGGGGGCUGUGACCUGCGAAACGGUCGCCACGUUCGAGGGCUGCUGGGAGGAGGAACCAGGAGUGGGUCAUGCGCGGCGAGCGCGACGUGGUCGCGUCGUUCAACGACUGGAGGCGCUCCUCGGAGGAGCCUACGAGCGUCAGGUGCGUGGACAUCUCCGCGGAGGACGCCCUUCGGGCCGAGUGUCUGGAGUGCGCCGGCAACGACGAGUUUCAAGCGCGGGGAAUGCCGUUCGCCGUCGCUGGGCACGUAUCUCUGGACGGCGUGCUGACGUUCUCGACGGGGUCCUCGCAGUGCAUGGCGUCCGCCGCCCGCGGGAAGGGCUUUUGCAAAAGCGGCCAGGUCUUGCUGGGCUGAGCCCCGCAGGCAUCCAGCGCCAUUGGCAGCGCCUUGCGCGACAUACGCGCCCUUGUGAGGCGGCCGCAGGAGGUGCCGGGCUAUGCACAACGGGCCCGUGGCACUCUGGCGUCGCCGCCAGCGCCUUUGUGCGAUAUGCCCUUUGGCGCCACACUGCCGAAAGCUCUGUCAACGACUCGGUCGGAUUUGAAGUAUUGACGGGAGGGGCAAAGCGCUGCUCACAGUCAUUUAACAGGGUGCGAGGGUAUCCCGACGAAUGCGAGUGGAGGGCAGCAAAGGCUGCCUUUGAAUUCGCCUCCCCCUUCCACCCUGUCCAGCUGAGGUCCAGCUGCCACCUUGCCGUCGUCUCUUGCGCCUCUUCUACACUCUUCUAGCGUGGAGUAACCCACAGGCUCCACAGUUUGCGCCUCGUUCUACGGCAUCGGACCGCACGACGGGUACCAGUCUUUUUUUUCUGAUUAGGCAUUUUAAGGCAUUGCCGCUCAGGCACUUGUAAGCCCCGUGCUUAUCCACCUCCACAACUUCAUCUUAGUCGGUCUCCGAAUAUACGGCAGACCUCCCCGCGCACCACCAUGAAUCACAUUCGUCGGUGUCACGCCGUGUCCAAAUGAGGUCAGGCUGCAUUGCUGUAGCAUGCCGCGAGCUACACUGUCACGUACCACUGCAUAUGAUAUACGAUGGCAAGCGAUUAUCGUCGGUACCAUUGUGUAGACUUGUGCAAGGUAUGCGAUCACCGGAUCCCGAUUAGAUCUCAAGGCACUAGUGCAUGCGCGUACGUGUGAGUGCAUCUCGUUUGCGCAUGUCGUCGAUGUCAUCGGCCAGGCAAUCGCGCAUUUACCGAAAGUGACAUUCGUCCGUUGCGAAGGUGACCGCUGGGGUCACAAUGGGUCUGACAACGGAGUUGUUCAGCGCGUGGCGAGUGUGAUGAUGGGCCAUCUUUACAAUGGCGGCACAGGCAUCAUCUUGUAUGCUCAGGUGCCUCCCAGGGAGGCAGCAUUGUAUUUGUAGGCAUCGGCGAGGAGAAUGUCGGCUCCACUCAGCAAGUGUGGGGCUAGACUGGUGCCAGUGCUUGGUUCGCUCGGCCGACGGCGCAUCCGCCGACCUCCUGGUAUUCUUCAGACUGCGGUGGGCCCCUGGAUUUAUUCUACAUGUGCAUAUCAGUAUCUUCCCUCUCCUUCGUCUCUUUUCCCGAAUGUGGCGCGGAGCGCCGCAGCGUGGUGGCCUGUUUUGAUACCCACGGAGGUCUUCUUUCGGGGGCAUGGCCACUGUCGGCACAAUGCGUGCGACGGGAAAAACGAUAGCACGCGAAUCGGAA